CUCUGUAUCUCAUUGAAAAACACAUCUUUAGUUCUUCAAUCAUAUUUGUUAAUUUUCAAGUUUCUUACUAAGGAUUAAACCGUACCGACCGUCUAUACUCGUCAAGAAAUGGAUAAAGUUUCAUAAACAUAAAAACAUGUUUCAAAAACAAAUUCAAGACUCUGUUAGAAAAGAGUCGGUGGGAUCGAAUCUCAGUUCAGCAGGUGAUGGAUUGAAGAAGAUAUCCGAAAUUGAAAAAAUGUCCUCGUUUCUCGUGGAAAACGGUGCAUCUCGGUUCUGGAGAGCUAGUCUCGUGGAAAAGCUUACCGACAUUCGCCCGAUUGUGGAAGCAGGAAAAAACACAACGGUGACGCGUGAUGCCCAGCAAUUCGUUGCCUCAAACUACGAGCGUCUUUGCACUGUCUACCAGAAUAAGAAAAACCGCUUGGAAACACCUUUUGAUUUUACUCGUUUGCAUUCUCAAGAGUACAACUGAGCAUGCAAAUUUUAUUCACCCUUAGUUAAUGGUUGCCUUUUUUU